GGGCGGCGGGGGGCCCCCGCGGCUGCUGCGGCGCAGCGGAGGGCCCAAAGGGCAGUUGGAAGAAGGGGAGCGAAGGAAGGCGCGGGAGAAGGCGGCGGGGGCGCGGGGGGCUGCGUGGGAGGCGGUGGCUCGCGGCUGCAGCGGCCGCGGGCGGGCGGCGGCGGCUGCUGCUGCGCCGCCGCGAGCGCAAACGCGUUUGCGCAGCAAAAAGGAAAAAGAAAAAAAUGCCAAGACAAAGGCGAGCCGCGGCGGACAGCCCCGGCUGCCCCGCGGUCGGGCGGCUCCGCCGGGGUCCGAGAGAGGGUGGCGCCGCAGCUUCCACGGGGCCCCAGCGGCCUCCAGCGCCUCUUUCGAAUUAAUAAGCCGAGAGACAAGAGAAAAUGCAGGCGAAGGGGCGGCGGCGGGGGGGGAAAGGGCCGCCAGCGGCGGAGGCGAGGAGGGGCGGCAGAGCCGCGAUCAGCUCGCAAGAGCCGCUGCAGCAGCAGCAACUGCUGCAGCAGCAACAGCGCCACUUCCUUGCUGCGCAGCAGCAACUGGCAACAGCAGCGCCAGCGACGAGACCGAGACCAGUCCUGCUGCCCUGCAAACGAGACAGACUUUAAAUCUGGAAACUGCCUUUCUGCGCUUCCCUUCGCAAGUAUAA